AUGCUACUCAACACGCUACACCAGAUACGUUUCACAGGCAACAGAGCUACUGGCGUAGAAUACGUUAAACGCCCUUUUCCCGGAACUCGUUUAGCAGAAGCAAGACUCGAGGUGAUCAUCUGUGCAGGCGCCAUUGGCACUCCUCAACUUCUCAUGCUGUCUGGUAUCGGACGGAAAGCUGAGCUACAACGGCUUCAGAUUCCACUGCUCGCAGACCUGCCAGUGGGCGAAAACCUUCAGGACCAUCCUAUUAUCGGAGGAGUAUCAGCAACGAUGUGCGGAAACCAUGGCAUCGACACGAGAAAUCUAUCUAUGGUUACGGACUACAUAAUCAACAGAUCUGGUCCCUUGACUGUUGCGGCUGGUGCGGAAAAUCAAGCAUUCCUCAACAGUGCUUUGGCCUCUUCCGGACUGGAUCGUCCUGACACGCAGGCCUUCCUUGUGUCGCUUUCGCUAGCAACGGAAGAAGGGGAAGUUACAUCCAAGUUCCUAGGCGUCAAGCAAGAAGUGUACGACAGGUACUACAAGCCGAACAGGGACAAGAAUUCCUUCAUGAUCGUCCCAGUAGUUUUGAGACCAGCUUCCAGAGGCCGGGUUACACUGAAAAGCGCACGUUAUACGGACCAUCCCAUCAUUGACCCGAGAUAUUUCUCGGAUCCUCGUGAUCUACAGACUGCUAUUGAAGUUUUACCCAAUGGCAAUGUACUACACGCCUAA